UGAGUGGUAAGAAUCGGACGCUAGGAGGGAGGGAAGUGUUGAGAGAAGCCGGGGAGUAACGAAGGGACAGUCUGCAGGGAAUAGUGGAAUAUAGUGCUUGAAAGGACAGUGACAGGAGUUCUUGCUGACCAGUGACCAUGGCUACCGGAGCUAAAUUAGCCGUUCUUAGCGUGUCGGACAAGACAGGCGUGGUGGAGUUGGCGCGUGGUCUAGCCGCCGCGGGACUCACGCUAGUAGCUUCAGGAGGCACAGCCACGAAGCUCCGGGAGGCGGGGCUGCAGGUGUCGGACGUGGGGGCGGUCACUGGAGCUCCGGAGAUGCUGGGGGGCCGGGUGAAGACUCUGCACCCGGUCAUCCACGGGGGUAUCUUAGCCAGGGACACCAAUCCUUCCGACCUCGCUGAUCUUGCCUCCAGGAGCAUCUCUCUCAUCCAGGUGGUGGUGUGUAACUUGUAUCCCUUCGUGAGGACGGUGAGUCGCGAUGGGGUGACGGUGGAGGAGGCUGUGGAGAACAUAGACAUCGGGGGCGUGACUCUUCUGCGUGCCGCCGCCAAAAAUCACGCCAGGGUGACUGUCCUCUGCGAUCCUGGGGACUACACCCGCGUCCUGGGGGAGAUAAAGGAUGGCUCAGGGGACACGGCUCCUGCAACUAGGCAGGAGUUGGCGUUGAAAGCCUUCACACACACAGCGCAGUAUGACGACCACAUCAGCGACUACUUCAGAAAGACCUUCUCUGCUGGGGUGUCUCAGUUGACGCUUCGCUACGGUAUGAACCCCCACCAGAAGCCUGCGCAGGUCUUCACGCAGGGCGCCAAGCUGCCUCUCACCGUGGUGAACGGUUCCCCGGGCUUCAUCAACCUGUGUGACGCCCUGAACGCCUGGCAGCUGGUGCGGGAGUUGAGAGCUGCCCUCAGUCUCCCAGCUGCUGCCUCCUUCAAGCACGUGUCACCUGCCGGCGCCGCUGUGGGUGUGCCCCUUGAUGAGACUGAGGCCCAGGUAUGCAUGGUGGACGAUCUUGGCCCGCUGACCCCCCUGGCCACGGCGUACGCCAGGGCCAGGGGCGCCGACAGGAUGUCCUCCUUCGGUGACUUCGUGGCGCUGUCUGACGAGUGUGAUGCCCUCACUGCCCGCAUCAUUUCCCGGGAGGUUUCUGACGGUGUGGUGGCUCCAGGCUACACCCCCGAGGCCCUGGAACUCCUGAAGAAGAAGAAGGGAGGGAAUUACUGCGUGUUGCAAAUGGACCCAAGCUACGAGGGAAGCAAGCAGGAGCGCCGGACUAUCUUUGGCUUGACUCUGGAGCAACGUAGUAAUGAUGCCAUCAUUACCCCGGACCUCCUCACCAACAUUGUCACCAAGAAGAAGGAUCUCCCGGCCACUGCAGUUCGGGACCUCCUUGUGGCCAGCAUCGCAGUGAAGUACACUCAGUCCAACUCAGUCUGCUACGCCACAUCCGGGCAGGUCAUUGGGAUAGGCGCCGGCCAGCAGUCCAGAAUACACUGCACCAGGCUGGCUGGGGACAAGGCUAACAACUGGUGGAUGCGGCACCACCCUCGCGUGCUGGGACUCAAGUUUAAGGCUGGGGUAAAGAGGGCUGAGAAAUCAAACGCCAUUGACAACUACGUGGGCGGGACUGUGGGUAAAGACAUGCCGGAGUCCGAGUUUGCUGCUGUCCUGGAGGAGGUACCGGCGCCCUUGAGUCAGGCUGAGCGGGAUGAGUGGACGGGCCAGUUGAAGGGCGUCUCUCUCUCCUCAGAUGCGUUCUUCCCCUUCAGAGACAACGUGGACAGAGCCAGACAGACCGGCGUUGAAUACAUAGUGAGUCCUGCCGGAUCCACUAAUGAUGCCCUGGUGGCGGAGGCGUGCAAUGAAGGCAACAUUGUUCUUGUGCAUUCUAAUUUGCGCCUCUUCCACCACUAAGUUUGUCCUCUUCCUCUUCUUUUUCCUCCUCAUUGUCCACGUCUUCGUUCUUGUUCUUGUUUUCCUUGUCCUCUUCCUUAGUUUUUGUUCCUGGUUUCCCUCUAUUCCUUGUCCUCGUUUUUGUUUUUCUCCUUGUCUUCGUCUUCGUCCUUUUUUUUUUUUAUCCUCCUCCUCCUCCUCCUCCUCCUCCUCCUCCUCCUCCUCCUCCUCCUCCUCGUUUUCCUCUCCGUGUGUUAUUGCUCAAAAGAUAGUUGCCAUAAUCUUGUAAUAUAAUUAUCACACUGUUUGAUAUCUUCCUUGUCUUCGUCUUCCUCGUUUUUUUUUUUUUUUUUUUAUCCUCCUCCUCCUCCUCCUCCUCCUCCUCCUCGUUUUCCUCUCCGUGUGUUAUUGCUCAAAAGAUAGUUGCCAUAAUCUUGUAAUAUAAUUAUCACACUGUUUGAUAUCUUUAGAACUUGAAAAUGAUGAAACUUGUAAGAAAUCUCAGUAAAUACUAUUCCUUAGUA